GUUCGCGCCACGAAAUUUAAAGCCAAUGUAAAAACUUACGCUCCCUCUACUUUCCCCUCUUGUCGCGCUUGCAACGGGCUUCAUUAGUUGUUUUCGUGCGAGAGUGUACGCCACGCGUUGUUUUGUUUUUACCACUCAACGUUUUUUACCUUAUUAGAUGGGUCAUAAACGGAAAGCUAAAAAGCUAAUUCGUAAGCGAAAUAAAAGAAGGAGGAAAGAUGAUCGAUUACAGGAUAUCGCGUAUAAUAUUUUAUGCGAAUUGCGGUCGAAGCAAGGUCGUGACAGCGAUACGGAGGUAGAUACCAGUGCUGAUUCAGAGCAAUCAGCAUCAACACCGCGUGCCGGUCCUUCGGAAACAAGUUUUGAUAAUCGAGAUUUAACAUCUCUCUUUUACGAAAGUGAAGCAAGCGCAGACGGGGAAAAAGAAAACGUGCCUCCCUUUUCGAUUCCGUCAGAAUUCCUAACUUUGUUGGGCCAAUCCACAGAACCGGCAGUUACCUUACACAAUGAACUGCAUGUCGAGUUAGUCUCUCGCUGGGAGAAUAUCUUGAAAUCGGGGUUGGAUCCACAAGUGGCCAACGAUUUAAUAUCCAAAUAUCCCCCAGCAGAAAACUGCAAGGUCAUUGGGGUACCUAAAUUAAACCCUGAAAUCGAAACCGCCAUGACAGAACAACACAAGCAAAGGGACAAACGAUUAGCCGAAACUCAGGGACGACUUGCAGCAGCUCUCGCAGCAAUCGGCAGGAGUUUGACGAUUUUGUUAACUCAGGAGGGGAGCGAUCUAGGGCUGACCCUUAUUGAGUACCUGAGCGAUGCGAGUCGCCUUCUCUCCGAUGCUCAUCACCAAGAAUCCGAGGCUAGAAGAUUUUUAGUGGCAUCAGGCCUAAAUAAGCAAUGCCGGGAGACUAUUGCUGCAGCUCCUAUAGGUGAAUGGCUUUUCGGAAAUGAUCUUACAGAGCGUAUGAAGGCUGCGAAGACCCUUGAACGUUCAUCAACUGAAUUCAAACCUACGAAGCCAAAACCUAUAAUUAAAAACUUCCCUAAAAGGCAGGGAAAUGCGAGGGGUCUGCCUCGGACGCUGAACACAUCCAGUCGGGGCAGACCGAAAAACUACAUACCACAACUGAGAGACCGCUACCAACAGUUACCCAGAAAAUAUUAUCAAAAUCAGUCCCAACACCAGAAUCGUCGUUAGUGAAGGUAAACAGGUCAGCCGGAAGAUUAAGUUUUUUUGUAAAUGCUUGGCGUGGAAUAACCCGAGAUCCGGUUAUUCUUUCUUGGAUUGAGGGCUAUACUAUACCUUUUAGUAAACAACCGAUACAAACUUAUCGGCCAAAGCAGAUGCGAUGGUCGAAAACUGAAUUAUCAGUAGUUAAAAUUCAUUUAACUAGUUUGUUAUGUAAUGGAGUAAUUUCAAAAUGUCGCCCUUCAAGGGGCCAAUUUGUGUCGAACAUUUUUUUAGUGCCCAAGCCUGAUGGUUCACACAGACUAAUCCUUAACUUAAAAGAGCUUAACCAGUACAUAGAAACUCAACAUUUUAAAUUAGAAGACUAUAGAUCAGUUACUAAGUUAGUUACGGAGAAUUGUUUUUUCGCAUCUCUGGACUUAAAGGAUGCAUAUCACUUAGUCCCAAUUAGAGUUAAGGAUAGGAAGUUUCUAAGAUUUUACUUUGAGGAAGAGCUUUUUCAAUUUAAUUGUCUUCCUUUUGGGCUUUGCACUGCUCCUUUAGUGUUUACAAAAAUAUUGAAACCAG